AUGAUAUUCAAAAGGUUCUUUCACAAGUACCCUGGGGGGAGCAGAAUCAAAUGCUACAUCGAGAAAAAGAGAAAGAAAAGGAUUGGCGUGAGCCUGUUUCAUCAGCCACCCUACUCCAGGAACAGCAAGGGGGUCAUUGACUGGAGAUACAGUACACCCAAGUCUGGGUACGAAUACAUGUAUAUUUACGGAGAAAAUACAAUCGAAAUUACGAACCUACCGAAUAAUCGAACGAACGAGUACCUCCAGGAAAGGCUCAGAAAAAGCUUAAACAAAUAUGGGCCUUUAAAAAUAUUAAGAUGCCUAAGUCACAGAAACGACCCAUACAUUAACAACAACAUCUGCUACGCUACUUUCUACCAUAAGAAGGACUUGCAGAAAUGUAUGCGAAGUGUGAAUAUACGAUUGCCCCUAUCUCUUCAAAGCAGAAUCUUAAAAUUUAGAAGCCUUUAUAAUAACAAGUCAAAUGAUUACAACUAUUUUUUUAAACAAGACCAUUACAAUUAUAGCGUGAUAAAUAUUGCCCUCAAUUUAUUUAAAUAUCUACAAAAUGGCAAGUGCAUUUUAAAUGUGAAGGAUAUUUUCAAGCACGUCUUUGAGUACAGUUUUUACCCGCAUAAAAUUAUAACAUCGGGUAUUUCUGUGUACAAAAUUUUUGGCAGCUGGACACUUUUUUUGGACUUCUUUGAUCGUCUAUUUUUGAUGAUAAAAGAUGGAACCGGUGCCGUCUCUGUUUGCGCCAAGAUUCUGGACGACCAACAUUUGUGCGUCUAUCUGAAUAAUAGGCUUAUCGAACUGAAGAAAAGAACAAGCGCGUUGAAUUCGCCGUACUGGCGGCAGGAUGCCCUGCAGUUGCCAGGCGAAAUCGAGAGCAGAUUAAACAACGAGCACCCGAAAAAGCUCAAAGAAGAAAUGCAGCUCCUUUCAAAGACGAAGGAUUUCUAUAAAAUUCAUGAUGAAAGGCACCUAUUCAAAUUGAAGCUGAACAAGGAGAGGAAGGAGAAAAAGAAGUUACUAAAAAGUAGGAGCGAAAAAUGA